AUGUUUGAAGUGGUGCGGAGAAAUUCGACUGGAAUAGUUGGACGAAGAUGGUUCUUUGGAAUCAAUGGCGCCAAGCUAGUGUCGUCGCUUCCGAGUAAAUCUUUUGAUCUUCGUGAAGUAGUCGCAUCCUAUAAUCCUCAGUCCCCUAAUAAUUCGGUGAUAUCUGCAUUAGAUGAAAAACGUGAAGUGUUCAAGUUGGCAUUGCCUCCUCCUAAUGUCACCGGAAGGCUCCAUUUGGGUCACGCACUAACAGCUGUUGUGGAGGAUGCGAUAUGCCGUUAUGAAAGACUUUGCGGAAAUAAGGUCGUCUGGUACGGUGGAUUCGACCAUGCAGGUAUUGCCACUCAAGCGGUUGUUGAGAAACAGCUUUGGAUCAAAAAAAGAAUUAGGCGUCAUCUACUGUCGGAUGAAGAAUUUUUAGCGCACUGUACAGAAUGGAAAGAAAACCGUGUUUAUGAUAUGAAGAAGCAGUUUUGUGAUCUAGGAAUUAUGCUGGAUAUGGAAGCUGCUUACUAUACCAUGGAUGAACGUUUUUCCAAAGCCGUUCGUAGAGCAUUUGUUGAAUUGCAUUCAAGCGGCAACAUAUUUCGUGCUCAACGAAUGAUUAACUGGUGUCCAUCACUUCAGAGUGCUUUAUCAGAUGAGGAGGUUAACCAUAUCAGCCUUGAAGACUUGAACGAAAUUAGUGUGCCUCAUAAAGAUGGCAUGCGAAAAAUUAAAGUUGGCCAGAUGCAUAAAAUAGCUUAUGAGCUUCUCAGCCGACGAGAGCGUGUUGAAGUCGCUACCACGAGACCAGAAACGCUUUUCGCUGAUGUUGCACUGGCGGUCAACCCAUGCGAUAGUCGUUAUUGUCAUCUGAUAGGUGAAAUGGUUCGCCAUCCUUUAGUGCACAGUCGCAUUUUACCGAUUCUUGGUGACGAAGCUGUGGUGCCGGACAAAGGGACUGGUGUCCUUAAAAUUACUCCAUCGCAUGAUUUUCUUGACUUUGAAAUUGCUCAACGUCACUUGGAGAAGCUUCCGGAUGAUAUAAUGAAUUAUUCCUGCAUUGACGAGAUGGGAAAAUUAGUGAAUGCAGGGGAUUUCGAUGGCCAAGAUCGUUUUGACGUCAUUGAAAAGUUGCGUGCUGUUAACGCUUAUGACGGCAUUAUGAAGCAUGACAAAGGAAGCAUUGCAGUUUGUAGCCGCACCGGAGACGUGAUCGAACCAAUGGUGAAGGAUCAGUGGUUUUUGGACUGUUCGCAGAUGAAUAGGCGUUUACUUGAAGCUGUUGAGAAUCAGAAGAUAAUAGUGAAACCGUCUUUCCUAACUUCAAAAUUAGUAGAGUGGUUGCAAAAUAAUGAACCGUGGUGUCUCAGUAGGCAAAUAACUUGGGGUCAUCGUAUACCAGCUUAUCUUAGUGGGAACAAGUGGUUUGUCGCGGAAAGUGCCGAAGAGGCAGAAAAAGUUUCUGGCAAGUCUUUGAUGGAAAAAACUUUAGUUCAAGAUAACGAUGUUCUUGAUACAUGGUUUAGCUCUUCGUUAGUACCGCUCGUCUUGGCAGGUUGGCCUGAAAAAAGGGUUAACUCGCAUUGUUUGUCCUUAAUGGAAACCGGCUACGAUAUCGUUGGCUUUUGGGUUGUUCGAAUGCUUACAGUUUGUGAACAAUUAUGCGGGCAUUAUCCUUUUGACAAGAUUUUUCUUCAUGGGCUUAUCAGGGACAGUAAAGGUCGAAAAAUGAGUAAGUCAUUGGGAAACGUUAUUGAACCUGGUGACGUCAUUGAUGGUCGGAGUUUAGAAGAAAUGUUGGAACGGGUGGAGUUGUCAUCACUUCCUGAUCAUGAAAAAAGCGAAGCUAAACAAGAAGUACGUAAUGAGUUUCCGAAUGGAAUUCAGAAAUUUGGUGCAGACGCUCUUCGUUUCGCACUUUUGAGGCAUGAUAUUACAGGCUUGGAUAUAAAUGUUGAUAUUGUUGAGACUGCAAGUGAAGGUUAUCGCUUUUGUAACAAGCUGUGGAACUUGUGCAAUUACUCCUUAAUGGUAUUUGCCGCCAGUCCUGGCUCAAGUGUUCCUUCUUCUUCUUCUGCUUCUGCAAAUAUUGCUGACCGGUGGAUUUUAAGCCGUCUUGGGAGUGUGCUUCUGGACUUUGGUCCACAAAUUAAAGGAUUCACUCCUCAUCAUGCGGCGACAGGUCUCCAAAAGUUUAUUCAAGGGGAACUUUGCGAUUUUUAUUUGGAAACCACGAAAAAAGCUCUUAGAGAAAAAGAUCAAAAGAGGCUGGCUGAGAUAGCAGAUACACUAAGGCUGGUCUUACACAAUUCUCUUGCAGCAUUAUCAGUAAUUAUGCCUUUUAUAUCCAACUACCUGUUCGAAAAAGUGAAGGUUGAUGACUCUUUCAAGUUAGAUUGUUUCAUCUUACAAAAGGUUCGGUUUUCUUUUAUGUUGCUUAGUUGCUCUCUCCUCGUUUUCUUUCGCACUAGUCACUUUUAA